AUGGAGUCUUUCAUUUCAUUUCCAUGGGCCACAGAUAAAUUGGUCAAGGUUUUCAUGGCCAUGGCCUUCCUCUUUGUCUCCUCAUCCGCAGGUAACUUCUCCCAAGACGUGGACGUGACUUGGGGCGGCCCACGGGCCCGGAUAGAGAAUGCAGGUCAAUCCCUUUCGUUGUCCCUCGACAACACCUCCGGCUCGGGCUUCGAGUCCAUAAACUCGUACUUGUACGCGAGGUUCGACAUGCAGAUCAAGCUCGUGCCCGGAAACUCUGCUGGCACCGUCACAACCUUUUUCUUGACGUCACAAGGGCCGGCGCACGACGAGGUGGAUUUCGAGUUCUUGGGGAAUUCAUCGGGGCAGCCAUACACCGUGCACACAAACGUUUACAUGCAAGGCGUGGGCGGUAGAGAGCAGCAGUUCCGGCUCUGGUUCGACCCAACUGCAGCUUUCCACAAUUACACUAUUCUUUGGAACCCACAUCGGAUAAUGUACCUGGUCGACAACGUCCCGAUUAGGGUGUUCAACAACUAUUCGACUUAUGGUGUUCCGUACCCGAGCAGCCAGCCAAUGAAGAUGCAGUGCAGCCUUUGGAACGCAGACGAUUGGGCCACGCAGGGCGGGCGGGUGAAGACGAAUUGGACCCAGGGCCCAUUCACGGCCACAUACCGUAAUAUGAACAUCAAUGGCUGUGUAGUGAGCGGGUCCUGGAACUCCUGUAAUAACGGGUCCGUGAGUAUUAGUAAUCAGACUUGGCAAACGCAAGGCUUGGACACCAAAGGGAGGAAACUAAUCCGGUGGGUCCAGGAUAAUUUUAUGAUCUACAAUUACUGUAGUGACGCCAAAAGAUUCCCCAAAGGCCGUCCCAAGGAGUGCCGGCACCCCAGAUCACCCACCGUGUCCUCCCGAGCUGCCUACACUAGUCGAUGGGGGCCCGAAUCGUCUUCUCGUGUCCUUCCGACCUAUCCAUGCAAGAUAUGUCCUCUCGAGAUGUACAAGAAAGUUGUCAAAUCUCAAAUUAGUUCAACGUGUCCAUUUGAAUCUGCAGCAACCAUCGAGGUCGUAAUCAACUUGAUGUAUCUACUCUUGUCUAUGCUUGCCUUCAGCCUUCAGAUCCCGAAUUAG